UUUGUCGCUGUGACAGAUGAAGUGAAGUCAGUGUCAGUGACUGAAGGAGAUUCUGUCUCUCUAAACACUGAUGUUAAAGUACAGACAGAUGAUAUGGUACGGUGGACGUUUGGACCUCAAAACACUCGAAUAGCUGAAAUCAUUAAAAGAGACCAAAUUAACUUUAUUUUUGUCAGUAAUGAUGAGAGAUUCAGAGACAAACUGCUGUUGGACAAUCAAACUGGAUCUCUGAACAUCAGAAACAUCAGAUCUGAACACACUGGACUUUAUGAACUGACCGUCAUCAGUGGAAAAACCUCACUGAAGAGCUUCAGUCUUACUGUGUACGCUCCUCUUCCCUCUCCUGUCAUCACCAGUAACACCUCAAACUGUUCUUCAUCAUCAUCAUCAUCAUCAUCAACAUCAUCAGUGUCCAGAUGUUCACUGUUGUGUUCAGUUGUGAAUGUGAGUGCUGUGACUCUCUCCUGGUACAAAGGAAACAGUUUAUUGUCCAGCAUCAGUGUGUCUGAUCUCAGCAUCAGUCUCUCUCUACCUCUGGAGGUGGAAUAUCAGGAGAACAACAUCUACAGCUGUGUGAUCAACAAUCCCAUCAGAAACCAGACCACACAUCUGGACAUCACUCAACUCUGUCACACGUGUCCAGACUCUGUUCAUUGUUGUGGUUCUACUGAAGCUGUGAUCCGAUUGGUCGUCUCUGCUCUGGUGGGCGUGGCUGCAGUUGCUGCUUUAGUUUAUGACUUGAGAUCUGGAAGAGCUCAGUAAAACAGAACACAAGCAGGGAACAGGGAACUAUGUUUUCUAAUCUAACAGGAUGUGUUAAAUAUAACACGUGUUGAAUGUGAUGCCAAGGGGCACAAAACCUUUCUUUUUUUUUUUUUUUUUUUUUUUUUUUUGCAUUAUUUAAAAUAUACAAUGUAAUUUAGAAAAGUAUAGAAUGAAGUGGAAAAAAAAGAAGAAAAAAAAACACGUCUCUGCACCUUUUUUAUUUGAAUAUAAAGCCUAUUUAAAAUGAAAGUACGGUAAUGGAUAAGUAAAGCUGCCCCCUUGUGGUCCAUGUAGGAGCAUGAAAUGCAUUGUUCAUUGGUGAUAAAUAUAAUGUGAGCAUAAACGGCAAGUUCCGUCUCCUGUAAAUGACAGCAGCUGAGCAGUGAAGGGAGAUCAAAGCUUUUAGGAUCUCUGAAUCAACUGAACCAAUUGUUCUGAAGGCGGUCAAACAUGUAUAAUGACACCUAUUACAAAACUAUAACAAAUGUUUUCAUGAAAGUGUAAUCUUUUAAAUGUGAUCUACUAUCCUAAUUCAAUACAGUUAAAUAUGAAGAUUCUGUAAAAUUGUGUUUAAUUUGUAGUGUUUGUUAUGUUUGUUAUUAAGCAGGGCUUCAUUAAACACA